AUGGCUGAGCAAGAAACAGCGAAGAAACUUGGUGGAGGUGCGCCCGAGGAGCUCAAUACCGCAGCUAGCUCCAAGACUGUCGUUGCACAGGGAGAAGCAUCUGGAUCACGGGACAACGCCGAAGAAGGCAAUCUCAUCUCAAAGAGUGCCGCUAAGAAAGAAGCCAAGCGAUUGGAAAAGGCGGCCAAGGCAGCUUUGAAAUCCGUGACUUCGAGCUCGACUGCACCAAAGAAAGACAAGAAAGAGAAGGAGAAGAAGGAGGUGGUACAACAGGAGGCGUGGGUCAAUACGACUCCUGCAGGGGAGAAGAAGGACGUUUCUGGAGAUCUCCCGAUCACAGGGUACGAUCCCAUUCAGGUCGAAGCUGCUUGGUAUGAUUGGUGGAGAGCCAAGGGAUUCUUCAAACCUCAAUACAAAGCAGAUGGAGAGCCACUGGAUAAGGGCGUUUUCUCAAUCGUCUUUCCUCCGCCAAACGUCACUGGCAAUCUACACAUCGGCCACGCUUUGACUGUAGCGCUAGAAGAUGCCAUGAUCAGGUGGAAACGGAUGCAGGGGUAUACGGUCCUCUGGGUCCCUGGAUACGAUCAUGCGGGUAUUGCCACCCAGGCUGUGGUUGAGCAGAGGUUGUUGAAGAAUGAGGGCAAGUCGAGGCACGAUUAUGGAAGAGAGGAGUUUAUCAAGCGGGUCUGGAAGUGGAAGGACGAGUACCAGGAGAAGAUCACCAAGCAGAUGCAGAGACUGGGAGGUUCUUUCGACUGGGACAAAGUGGCGUUCACCAUGUCUCCGGAACUCUCCACUGCCGUGACGGAAGGUUUCGUUCAACUUCAUCAGAAAGGACUAUUGUAUAGAUCAAAUAGACUCGUCAACUGGUGUGUCUACCUCAACACUAGUUUGUCAAAUAUCGAGGUCGACCAAAUGCCACUGAAGGGCAGGACGCUGCUCAACGUUAAGGGAUAUGAUGUGAAGGAGAGGUUCGAAUUUGGAGUCAUCACUUCUUUUGCCUACCCUAUUGAGAACUCUGACGAACGCAUCGUGGUCGCCACAACCCGUCCCGAGACGAUGCUUGGAGAUACAGCCAUCGCUGUCCAUCCCGAUGACCCACGCUACACUCACCUUCAUGGAAAAUACGCCAUCCACCCCUUCAUCAAACGUCGUAUACCCAUCGUCACGGAUGCCAUCACAGUCGAUAUGGAGUUUGGAACGGGUGCCGUGAAAAUUACUCCUGCUCACGAUCCAAACGAUUUCGAAUGUGGAAUGAGGAACAAUCUCGAGUUCAUCAGUCUAAUGAAUGAUGAUGGAACAUAUAAUGAGAAUGCCGGAGAAUACAAGGGGAUGAGACGAAUGCACGUUAGGAACGCGAUCAUCAAACGACUCAAAGAAGAGGGAAUGUUCGUCGAACAAAAGGACAAUGAAAUGGCGAUUCCGAUUUGCAGUCGAAGUGGAGACGUCAUUGAGCAGAUCAUGAAGCCUCAAUGGUGGGUCAGCUGCAAGCCAAUGGCCGACGAGGCUCUACAGCGCACCGCCGCCGGAGAGCUCAAGAUUCAACCUCGUACUUCACAUGCCGAGUUCGUCAGAUGGAUGGAGAAUAUGCAGGAUUGGUGCAUCUCUCGACAACUCUGGUGGGGCCACAGAUGCCCGGCUUACCUCAUCAAGGUGGAAGGCAAGGCGGUGGACACCGUGGACGAGAAAAACUGGAUCGUUGCCCGAUCAUUGGAAGAUGCCAAAGUGGAGGCUGAUAAACGCAUGGGUGGUCAAGCGUACACCCUGGAACAAGAUUCCGACGUGCUGGAUACCUGGUUCUCGUCGGGUCUGUUCCCCUUCUCAGUCAUGGGUUGGCCAAAUCAGACCGCCGACUUGAAACACUUUUACCCGAACUCUAUUCUCGAGACUGGUUGGGACAUUAUCUUCUUCUGGGUCGCUCGUAUGGUCUUCUUCGGACAAGCCUUUACUGGCCAAAUGCCGUUUAAAGAGGUCUAUUGUCAUCCGCUGAUCAGGGAUGCGUUUGGAAGAAAAAUGUCCAAAUCUCUCGGCAACGUCAUCGAUCCUUUAGACGUGAUCACAGGUCAAUCGCUCCAAAAGUUACACAAUGAUCUGAGGCAAGGCAAUUUGCCCGAAAAAGAGAUCCUCAAGGCUGAAGAUGGCCAGAAAAAGUUGUUCCCCAAGGGAAUGCCUCAAUGCGGCUCGGACGCACUGCGAUUCGGCCUUGCCAAUAUGACUUCGGGAGGUCGCGAUGUCAACAUGGAGAUCCAGAAGAUUGAGGGUUACCGUAAAUUCUGCAAUAAAUUGUGGAAUGCGACCAAAUUCUGUCUCUUCCGAUUGGAUCUUGUAGACCUGCAAGGUGUCAGACAAAAGGGAUCUUUCGUGCCUAACGAGUCAUCACUGCCCACCGGCAAUGAGUCACUCGUUGAGAAAUGGCUCCUGCACAAACUCAACGAAGCUUCAGACGCCGUUUCUGCGAAUCUUGAGACACGGGACUUCUCCGUCGCUACGGACGCGGCGUAUCAUUUCUUCCUCAAUGACCUCUGUGACGUCUACAUCGAAGCUACCAAACCGCUGUUUGAAGCCAAUGUCGAUUCUCCCGCGAAGGCUAGCGCUCAAAAUACUCUGUACACUUGUCUCGAGGGAGGUCUCAAGCUGUUGCAUCCAUUUAUGCCGUUCGUCACGGAGGACUUGUGGCAGCGAUUACCGAGGAGAGCAGGGGAUGCAACGGAGAGUAUAAUGAUUUCCAGCUUCCCUGAGAAGAUCCCUCAGCAGGAAUUCCCCGAAGCUCUGCGUGACUUUGACCUCGUUUUCGAGACGAUCAAAUCUGCUCGAUCUAUUGCCGCCAUGUACAAUCUACCGACAAACGGCAAGACACUCGAUGAGAAGUUUGCCAUCCUGUUGCAGAUUCGUAAACCUGAAGUUAGGAGCAUGAUUGAAUCUCAGAUUCCCAUCAUUGUGGCCCUAACGAAGGGAAGCGGUCAGGCCAAGAUCAUCACGGAGGACUCCGAGGUCCCAAAAGGCUGUGGAAGUGAAGUAGUAGAUGUGGAAGUGACCGUUCACAUACCUGUCGAGGGCAAGAUUGACGCCGCGGCGGAGAUUGAUAAACUUGAAAAGAAAUCUGCGCUUGUUCAAUCACAACGGGACAAGUUACAAAAAGUCGCUGAUACUGCUGGUAUCAAGGACGAAGUGAGGGCGAGGAAUGCAGACCAGAUGGAAAAAACCGAUGCAGAGUUGGAAACUAUCCGACUCGCCCUGGAGCGAUUCAAGACGUUGUUGUAG